AUGCAAUUUGUGUUCAUCAUUCAUUUGAUCAGUUUGAUGCUGAUAUUUGUUAUGGUCCAUCGUGUCAUGAGCGAGAGAUGUAACAACAGCAACUGGUGGGAAAGCCUGGAUAGGACCCCGGGAUGGUCGGUGUGUCCAAGAAAUAACACCUACCUAAAGGGAUUCUGGAGGAGUUCAAACAAAACCGGAGAUGAGAGAGUUGGACGCUUGGAACUAGGAAAAUGCUGCGAUGCUGCGGAGCCGCGUUACGCCGGUCAGCCUUCAAGAUGUGUGAAUGCAAACUGGUCACGCACGUUGGAUGGGUGAGCCAAACUCUUCUUGAAUGUCGCGCCUUUUCUAUGUCACACUCCAACAUAAUAACUUUGAUCAAUGCCAAUUUCGCCAAAAGUAAUACCCCCAAAAAAGUAGAAACCAAGAAAUUUCAGGCUCAAUUUAUUUUUGUUCCCUUUUUUUUAAGACAUAAUAUCUGGGCUUUGUGUCCAAAAGGCUUUUACAUGAAUGGCAUCAGAACUGGAUCUCAUCGUCCCUUUCGUUCAUUUUUGAACCACAUCGAUGAGGCAAGAUGUUGCCAUCCAACGGAUCAUCCCAGCAGUUAUGAAGACUGUUACGAUGAAGAUGUUGCUAUUUCAUUCAACAACGAAGGUUGGAGUGAAUGCCAGAAGAAUGGUUAUUACAUGAGCGGUCUCUACAAAAGUAACUGCGAUGAACUUAACUGUAUUGACAAGUUCAGAUGCUGUAAACAUCUUCCUAAAAACGGUAAUUAUAUUGUUGUCCAACUAUUUCUUUAUACAAAAAGAGACAAAAAUAGACUUUCUAGGAGAAUCUUUUAUUUCCCAAAGUUGCGAUGCGUCAGAGGUUAGACUCGACCGAUUUUAACUGACCUGUAUCACUUGCUUCUUCGUUUCCUUGGGGUUUUCUUUCCCCGAUAAAUUUCAAAAGAAAGUUCAAAGAAAUGCUUUGAAAUUUUGACCUACAAGACAUAUUUGGAGACUAACAUUAAAAUACUGCUACCUUCUACAACCACAAUUACUAAAUCUAUAACAAUAAAGAUAUGUGAGCAUGUAUGGUUUUUUAUAUUCACAUAUUACCUCAUGUUGAUCAACAGGGCAAUCAAACGGAAUUACAGAUCUACAGAAAGAGGUAUACAAAUCGUGGGUGUUUUCUAAGCUAAUACCAAGUUUGAUUUGUUUUAAGCGUGUGCCGGAAAAACAGAGUCGAGUGUAUUGGUCGAGGCUUCUGUUUGAUGAGGCUUUUUUGUUCCUUUGAUAACUUCCCAUCAGAAAACUAUCAAACUACAUGAUGGAAGUUUGUUCAUAAAUAAACAGUCGCUGCAGGUGUUCUCCCAACGAAAAAUCCCGAGAAAUUGUCGAAUGGAUACCUUCUAGAAUCUUACAUUACAAUUUAGGUACAAGUUUCGAUAAAGAAACUAAGAAGGAAACCUUUAUUGUAUUGCUCUGCACCGCACCAUGGGAACAACCCCAGCCAGGAUGGUGUUCAAAAUGCCGCCAUAAGAGAUUUUUUCCAAAACUUAGAAUAGAACCGUUUGUGUCGGUUAGAAGGGGGUUAUUUUCCUUAAAAAUGAGAGCAAGUUAGCACUUUCACUUCAAAAUAUUUUGCCAUCACGUUACCUUUUGUGACGUCGCAUUUCGUUACCAUGACCAUUCCGAACCUUGAGGCGGUAAUAUAAAAAUCUUCGUGAAUAGAAGUGUAUCUUGAAGCGAUCAUGUUUUUUUUCUUUCUAACCACUCUUAAUUUGUCGACCAGGUUGAUGCCACUAUCACCGGUAGUUACCCUUCCACCCACUUAAGCACGGUCAUCACAAAAUUUCUCAAUUUGACAAAGACUGGGGACGAACUUAAACUCAACUUAAGCGAACUUUCUCUCUCCGUGGAUAUGCUCAAACAACUUGUGCAGUAUAACUCGAUAAAAAACAACAGAGCGAUCGGCGCAACAUCGGACCAACAAAACAUCGUGAAAGUGGCAAGUAAUUUACUGAAUGAGGAAAAUACAAAAACAUGGUUGCUGUUGCAGGAGGUAAUUUGCUGAUCCUGAGAAAAGUUUGAAUUUCUUUUUCUUUGUUUUGUUUGCCUAUCACCAGCUAUAUUUUCCUCUUUCAUGAUUGAAACAGAACGGUAAAUAGUCCUUUAGCCAUCACUUUAUUCUUCUAAAGAGAGACAACAAGUUCCACACGUUAUAUGAUUAUAUGUCGGAUAAGUCCAUAGUUCUCAUGAUGAGGUAUACUUAAUUUUCUUUUAUUUUUAAUUUGGUAAGGUGAUAUGCCAAGGACCGGCAUGGGUAGUCCAAAACAUAAUUUAGCAAACCAAGGUUCUUGUGAAAUGUUACUUUUGUUUUUGUUUAUUUUUUGUUUCCUCGGUUCAUUUUUGCUUUACGUUUGGAUGGAACGUGGCACUAAUAAAGCCUCAAACAAGAGAAAUUUAGACCAAGAGUAAUCAUUAUUUAAUCCCGGUUGAGUGCUAAAAGCUUUUUAAACAAACGGCCUGAAUCCUAUGAAAGAUAACAUACUUAUAGCAAGAUCUCCCUGAGUGAUUUUAAACCCUCUUUUUAUUAAUUAAGAAUACCUGACUGUUUAAUCUUUAAUGGACAAAAAUACAAAUGGAUUUAAAUUUUGCAAGGCUGCUUUUGGAACCCUAGCCUUCAUAGGCCUAUUCACCGAUUGUUUGCAUUCACUGCAGAAAAUUUAUUAUCUUAAACUUGACUUGUUAAAAUCCAGAAAAGGGGAAACAUCACUGACAUACUUCUGAAGACUAUGGACGACUUUGCUUUUCAAGUGAACAGUAACCUUGGUAACUCAACUAAUAAAUCGGAGUUAUUAUCAAGAAACAUCGCUCUUAGAGUUGAUCGCUGGAACCCAAAACAUGAGGCAAGUCAAAGGUCGAUGUUAAAUCUUUUUAGACUGCUUUGAAACAUAAUGUUAGUUAAUUCAGGAACAUUUCUGUAACAAUGAAUCGGUUUUAAUGACAUAUUUCAUUAAUUUCGUGACCUUUCGGUCUGAGUGAAUAUGUAUUUGUAUUUUUCACUCCUAGUUGAAGGUUGACUUCGCUCAAUACGGCGCAACAAUCCUUGUUCCUGGCUCGGCGAUCUCGGACACAGUGGAAACUCGCAUGUCCACCAUUGCCUACAGAACACUUGAAAAUGUCCUUAAGCUUCCAGUAGAUGGACCCAGUAAUAAUCAGAGCGCCGGAGGUAGGCUUCGGAGGAGUGGCACAAGCAUUGUUUCUGUCAAUAUUCAUGAUCGUGUAUCUGGUUCCCUGAAUAAACCUAUCAAGCUGGCUUUUAAUCACAAUAACAAGGUAUUGAUUGUUUUGUAUUGUUAGUAAUACGAGUUGCAACAACAGCGCAUGGGAAACCUACUCCCGUCAGUUUUAUGGGUUAAAAUAAUGCCGCUGGACGAUAUAAAUAGAUCUCAGUUCUUAAUCAGGGUAAUCGUCGAUAAUCGUUUUUAUUCUAUACCUAUCCAAUUGAGCACAGUUAUAGUUGUUGGCAGCUCAGGUCAUCAUUCAACUUCAUAAAGGUUCCAGGGAAAAUUUUAUGACUCUGGUUGCUGAAAUAUAAAUUUUUCCCCAGUAUAGCGUCUCUUGAACAGUAAGUUCUAAAGACCAAGUAAAAAAAGGGUAUUAUUUCAUAGGGGAAAGGAAUCAGCUUGGUGUUGCUUUUUGAGAGUUUAGUAUUACUCUCAUGCAUUAUCUCUUUUCUUUUUUUUUUUUUUGCAACGUAUCCUGCUGUCUAAGUUUUAAUCGUAACACUUUCAUUGCAGCGUUCUGAUUUGAUUGGACAGUGCGUUUUCUGGGAGAUCGACCAAUCCCAGAGGACGUGGCUGACGCGUGGAUGUGUUCGCGUUGAUCGUGAGUCAAACUCGCGCGUAACCACGUGCGAGUGUGAUCACUUAACCAUCUUUGCAGUCUUACUGAACAACAAGCCAGUGAGUGUUAUAUAUAGUCUCUUCAGUCCGAUAUUUUGAAAUAGACAUUGUUCGAUCAUUGUCUUUAUUUUAUCAAUAGAAUCGCAAACAAGUCGCCUUGAUUUACUAUUUGUUACUUUUUCCUAUUUGUCACUGGUCUCAAGUCGUCAAAAUAAAAUACUCACAACGUAUUUUUUACCUCUUAAUAUAUUAAACAACUUCCACUUAUUUAAAUUCUUGUUUCUUUUCUUGUUGCUACUUGUUGCCUAAUUCAUAAAAAUUCCCACACAGUUUUUUUCUGGUUUUCAUUUCAGGUAAAAUCUCGUCAUCAGCCGUACUUCAAAUAUAUUUCUACUGUAGGUUGCGCAUGUUCACUUUUCUUUCUGGUGCUCACUUGUGUGACAAUCUUAGCCUGUUGGAAAAAGUUGAGAAGUUUUCGGAUAACAAUGUUACUGCAUUUGUUUGCUGCCAUUUCGGUCUCUUGUCUUCUAAUUAUUAUAGCUGGAAAAGCAGAAAGACCAAAGGUAAAUAUCAAAUGUGUUUCGAUACUCGUUUUUAAAAAAACUGUGUCUAUACUUCUGUACUUCUGUUCAGUAAUAGAUCAAAUAUGAGAUAAAAAUGAAGUAAGACCAGAAAGGAGGCAAAGGGGCGCACCCGUGUGUCGUGGAUUUUCGUGAUUCAUCUUGAGUUUUCUGUGAUCUAAUACAAAACAGAGCCAUGGCAGCAUGGAAUUGCUCAAUAUAAGGAAGUAGAACAGUCUUACUUGUGACGUAAUCGGUGCUUCUCUCCUUUAACAGAUCAUAGAAAAGAUCCGAUCAAAAUUCAUGCCUAAUUUUACUUAUCAUAUGAUAUUUUUCAUUUAUUCAUAGAUUUAUUUUACAUUCACAGGAGUUAUGCACAACAACAGCAGUGUUACUCCAUUAUUCCCUCCUGUCUGUAUUUUCCUGGAUGCUCUGUCAUGGUGUCAUAUUGUACUUCGUGAUAUUAAAGGCUGAACGGCAAGAAAUUCUGGCAUUGAAAAAGAAAUGGUUCUACGCUCUAGGAUGGGGUAAGAGCAACAUUCCUUGAACAAGUACAUUUUCAUCCCCACAUGCAUUAGACGUUUUUAAGCACCAAAAUAUAACGCCUCAUUUAAAAGGGUCAGAAAAUUUGGUAGUUGCUUUUGUUAAUACUUAAUUAAUUUCUGGCUGUUCCAGGUGUUCCAGUCCUAAUAGUGGCCAUUUCUCUGACAGUAACUGGAAUCAAGUCUUAUGCAGCAAAUAACUGUUGGCUUACAACAGAACAUUGGCUCAUUUAUUGGGCGUUUGUUGCUCCAGUUGCCAUAAUCCUAUUAGUAAGUAUACUUUUUUAACAAUGGCGCUCCUUUUAUGGUGUAAGAUAUGUUUUAUGCAGACACCGUUAAUAUGUGAGGUAUCGCACCGGAGGAUUUUUUCCAACAAAUAUCCGAUGAUAUUUUUUGGCUUAAUCAAAACGAUUGUCAUCAUAGUUAAGAAGCUCAGUUGGGGAUGAGAAAAUCGUAGGAAUAAAAGGAAUGGUAAACUACGUGUAUACUUGUAGUACUGAGGGCAAAACACUCGUAAGCAGAGACUAGAAGCAGGAUUUCUAUUUGUUUUUCUUCGUUUUGGUUUUUUUCUAUCUUUUCUUCUUUUAUCAAUCCUCUUGUGAAUUUUUGCCUCUAGAUCAACUCAAUUCUGUUCAUUUUCUUGCUUCGUCGGAUACUCAGAGCGACUAAAACCAAAAACAACAAAACACCUGCCAAGCACGUGAAGGAUUGGUUGAGACGUUUUGCAAUGCUACUGCCAGUUCUGGCUGUCACGUGGUCGUUUGGCUUUCUCACGUUCAUUACAUCAACAGCAGUGUUUCAUUACAUAUUCACCAUAUUGAAUUCGUUCCAAGGACUUUUCAUAUUUGUGAGCUUCUGCAUUCUAGACGAUUCGGUAAGUCUCUAAUUUUUUUUUCAUAAGCUCCGAAAGACCAAGAAUUGUUCCCUAUGAUUUUCCUUGUACAUAUAUAGUAUUUAAAUUGUGUAGACUUUUGAAAUUACGUGAAAUAGCUAAGCGAAAGAAAACUCAUUGUCUUCAAAAGCAAGCGGUCUGAAGCUCAGAAGUAGGGCAAAAGGGGAAGAAUUUGCAUGAAUAUAGUUUUACAUUUACAUUACAAACGUCGCUUUACUAUGAAGUUAUAGUACCAUGUAAAGUAGAAUGUAUGAAUUCCUGAGGUACUUUUGGUUUGCUACUUGUUGUUUCAAAUUGGUUACCUCAGUUUUACCCUGCGAGCAGUUAGUUUUUUAUCCCCAAACGGCAGGUUAAUCUUAAUUUGCUUAUUACAGACUUAAAUGCAGGAAAAUUUAUGAUCGACGAGAUGGAUGAAGUGACGAACUUCUUUUAAUUAAAUUUUCAUUAGGUUAAAAAAUCUAUUAAGAGUGUUUUGUGUGAGAAGAUGAAUACCACCAAGAGAGACACAAGGAGAAGGAAACGUCAUUUUUCAAGUGUAAAUAUGGGUAAGAAUUGACUAAAUAGAAUUAAGUUGAAUGUUUGAGUUGAUUGCUGGACUAGCUAUGUUUCAACAAACUAUGCAUCUUACUUGUGGUGAAUGACUGAUGCGAUGGCAAACAAAUGGACGUGCUUGCCUGUAAGAUGAACAAGAAAUGUGCGCCAUAAAACUUCCCUCUCUAGUGCGAGAUUAAGAUAACUGAACAUUGUUAGCGAGGCUUCUUUUCACUUUUGUUUGUUUGUUUUGUUGUCAUUUCUUUUUAGUCGAUUUUGUUGUUGUUGCUUUCAUGGUUCCAAACGGACUCGAGGCUUUUAGAAUCGUAAAUGAAUGAACGGAACUCGGGCCAGAUACAGCUAGGGAACUUUUGUAUAAUUUUUAUCAUGAACUAAAAGCAUCAUAAAGAAUUAAUCGAGAACUGUGGGCUGUUAAGUUUAAUAAUAAGUUAAGUGCCAAGAAUUCUUAAGAAGGGAUGAAACGCUUUGUUCUCCAAGUUCUGACCCUAUUUCAAAUCAUUAAGUAUUAUAUUUAACACCAGAUCUUCAGACCGGAUCUUUACAGUGAUCUCAAUAGUUUAGACGGCACAUCAUCGAAGAAGUUCUCUCAUGUUCUUAAUUCUGAUUCAUGUUGCAGAGUUACAACUGAUUUAAAAAGACACAUGGAACAUUUCACUUGGAAUAGCUCAUAACCGCUGUACAAAGUCCUCCACAUAUUUUUUCUACCUUUAAUGGUUCUGCUUUUACUUUGUUUUGUUCUUUUGUAUGUUUGUGUGAGUAUUGAUAAAAUUUAUCAUUUCCUCAGACACUAAGUUACCUCUUAGGCCAACUGAGGUUUGAACAUCGUGUUUAAUUUUAUAGUAAUUGUCUAAAAAGGAUAAUUUCUGCGUUGAUUAAUAAGACGGAAAGCGAUAAACAGGUUUCUAUAUUGAGUAUCGGCCACAUGACAGUAAAGGAGCUUUGGCUUUCUCAGCACUUUCAAAAAGCAAGAGACUAAAAUAACGGCGAGGAAAUUAAGGUAAAUAUAUCUCCUAAACAAAAACAAAUUAUUACGUUUUUUUUGACUAACACGCAUGAAAUAAAUACCAACAAAAGACUGCGCUUUUUUUUGCUUUCUUUUUCUAAUAGUUGCUUUGUACCUGUAGGCAAGGAAAGUACGUUUCCGUAAUCAAAAAACAGAAUAAUAUUAAAGGGACGAACAGUGAAGAACUAGAAGAAAAAGGAGAUGACAAAGAAUGAUGAUGAAAACAACAAAAUGUAAUUUCAUGCUGGUUAAAAUUAAGGAAAUAAAAUCUAAAAUUUUUUCGCAAUCAUGAAGGAAAAUCUUUUUCCUUUAUGUUUUAAAAAGUCAAAAAAAGGUUGGUGGAUUGGGUUAAUUCUUUUAAGUUGAUGCCAGGGAACUCGGUGCCCUCUUGAACGAAACCUCAGGCUAAAGGGUAGUUGUCAGGGC